CCCUAGCAACAAGAGACCUCCUCAUAAGGAUCAGUCACAGUCAUUAUCACCAGACCUCUUGUGCUAUCUGUCUUUCUUCUUAAUCCAGAGCGAAGAUGUUUCCUGGGUCUCCAGUUGGCAGCAAGGCUUCCUUUGGUACUGCUGCACUGCCUCUGGUACAAUCAGAUACGGAAAGCACAGAGGAACAAAAACAGUCGCUUUCAUUGCCCUGUUGGGCCACACAGGCACUCUGUGACCUGGCACACAGCGAAACAGAGCUCAAACGCCUGCAGGAGCGACAGGCGGUUGAGGCUGAGCUGGUGGUUCGUGGUGUACAUCGCGCUUUGCUGGGAGUACAAAGAGAGGAACGCCGCCUGCUGGAGAGAGUAGAGCAGGAUCACCGGGACCUGCAGCGCAAACUUGAGCAGGUGCAGAGAGAAAACGCAGCAGCCAUCCGAGUCGGAAAAACGCUGGUAGAUCAGCGAAUGCAGAAAAUCUUGCAGUUGCGAGAACAAAUAAAUAAAGGUUGUGUCAAGGGUGGAAAUGAAGUGGAGCAGAAGCAAGAUACGCUUCUCAAGGGUGUAGCGGAGUUGCUUCAACCAUGGGAAAUUGCACUUUCUCUCAAACGGGUUUCUUUCAAACCCAGUGCUCAACCUAAAGCUGUGAACUUUGGGGCGGUCAAAGUGCAGGAUCACAAUGUUCACUACCAUGUUGGCGGAUGUGGCCCACAGGGACAGCUCUGUUCCCUCCACGCCUCCGGGGGGCAAUGUGACAACCAUGCCGAGCCAGGAAGAGAUGGGAGGAGCACCCCUGAUGGAGCAGGACCUGGGCAAGGCCAGGUGCUUGGCUUGCCAAACAGUUCAAGAAGCCAGAGGAUUGUCAGAAAGAUCAAACUGUCAUCCCGAAGUGAUGAUGAUUCUGGAGAGGAGGUUUUAUCCAAGUCACCGUCGCCACUAAUGCAACGCUGGCCCCCAAAGCAAGUCCUGAGUGAGCGUGAUUCAUCACAGGAUGAAGAAUGUGAAUCACCCACAUCUGAAUCUAAAGCAGAUGAGCUUUUCUUGGCUGUUCCUGCAUUGCUUAGCAACGGGGAAUCAGAAGGCGAAGAUUUUGCGUAUCGACGAAAUGGCCCAACUCCGCCGCUUGCUUUGCAUAGAGCACGGAAGCAGCGGGAGCUAUCGCCAUCCCCAGAACGAGGCUAUCACGAACACAUGAGCUUCGACUAUGAAGAUCUAAAGACAGAUAGGGGUCGGUCCCCACAGAACUCCUUCAGAGGGACAUCCCGAUUUAGCUUUGGCACACUGCCUUCCUCCCGCAAUACUAGCCACAGUUGUCAGGAUCUUCUUUCACGUGAUCGCUCGCUUUCUCGAUUGAGUACAUCUUCAGAUGACCAUGCAUACACUCGUGCUCCAUCUCCUGCUGAAAGUGUUGACUCAGGAUACACGUUCAUAGUCAGCUCACCUAAAAAAUUCCUUUCGCCUAAACCUCGACUCUCCAAAUCCAGCGCAGACCUUGCUAAUCUCAGUCGACGGCUUAUCAACGUGAGGGAGCAGUGGAGAGCUACUAAAAAUCGUCAGUCUUCAGUUCUAAGUUCGUCCACUUCGCAUCAUCCAGUGGUUACGCAGACUAAGUCCUCUCCCGGUAGUGGAAAUCACUCUCCAAAACAACAUACCAGACGUUCUUUGGGAGUCUCUCGCUCACUGUCCAUGUCAGUCAUAGAUGGAUCAUUCCAAGACUCCAAGGAUAGUAGGUUGAAGCCCCAGGAUUCAGGAGGAGUCAGACUUUGGAGAGAUAGAAGUGAUCCAAUCUUACAGGAGCUGGAUGAGGAUGUAGAGCCAUUGGCGCCAGAGGAAGUAAGACUUGUGCAACAGUUUGGCAAGCAAGGAUCGGGACGUGCUGAUUUCACACUGCCGAGUGGUGUGCAUGUUACACCUCAGGGUCAGCUUUUCCUGGUGGACUGUGGGAAUGCCCGUGUUCAGGUGACUGAUCAUAAUGGUAAUGUUCUUCAACAAGUGACCUCCCCGAGUAAAGACACCGGGGACUCGUCCAAACGCUGCCGCAAUUUCUUUGAUGUGGCUGUAAACGCUAAAGGCCUCAUCGCCCUGAGCUGUGCUGCUGAACGAGCCCUCCUCAUCUUGAGUCGUCACGGACGCCUCCUUCAGACCUUCGGAGGGGCGCCGUACAUCGGAGGAGUGCCACGAGAUGAGCUGGAAGCACCCAGAGGAGUGACAGUGACCCAAAAAGAUGAGUUCUUAGUUGCUGACAUUCGUAAGGGCACUCUAACUGCUAUGAAGCUUGAGCCCAAAACUGGUUCAAGGCUAGAGCGCACAGUAGUAACUGGAUUCCACAGACCUUACUUAGUAUCUUCCUGUCUACAGUCUGGUCUUGUGGCGGUGUCUGAACGAGGAAGCGACACGGGUCGAGAGCCCUGUGUGAAGGUUCUGGGACCGGACUGGAACACUCUGCGGAUCCUGGGAGUCUGUUCAGGCAUGGGGCCUGUACUUUCUAGCCCCUGGGGUUUGUGUAUUGACAAGGAUGGAGCCGUGCUGGUGGCCGAUUGGGCUGAGCAGCACCGCGUGGUGCUGUAUUUGCCUGAAGGGACAGGCAGUGUGAUAAUUACUGAGGGACUAAGCAGCCCUCGGGGGCUUGCUCUGCUACCCAAUGGAUUAUUAGUGGUGUCAGACAGCAUGCACCAUUGCAUUAAGAUUUACAAGUAUAAAUAAUGUGAUUUAGCUAAUAAAUAAAAAAAAUAGUUAAAAAACAAAAACGUUCUGUAUAUUUCAGUAGGUGUCAAGAUAUGCUUAUAUCUUAAUGUUUCAGUUUUCUGUGGGCAAACUCAAUACUAUCAUUAUCAAUAUCAUUAUACAGUAUUUGCUGAUUUAUUAUCAUGCAGUUGUUUGAGAAAAUAAAAAAGUUUUUAAAAUAAUACUUGCAUUCAAUACAUUUGUAUGCAGUUUUGCAUAAUUUUCAAAACCUCCAAAACAGCAACUUUACAGGAGAGAGAAAAAACCUUGUAAACUUUCAAUAGAAGUCAAUGUAAAAAGAGUUUAUUUCAGGUCAUUUUGAGAAGUUUCUAUUGGUCCGUUCAUCAAGUAAUUUUGGCACAGUGUAAGGGACAGUUUGUCUGUUCAAAUUAUGUAAUAAACUAAAAAUCGACAAAAAUGGAGAUAAUUGUUUUUCAUAGGACAGCAACGAUAUAUAUUAUCUUUUUAAAUAAUGUUUCUGUGCAUUUUUGGCCCUCAACCUUUUUUUAAAAUAAGACAAUAUUUUUAAUUCCUUCAUUCUCGACUAUUUAUCAUGUU